GCCCUUCCCCGUGAGUGGGUCACUCUCCAGGGAGGCACAACAGAGGCAAGACAGGGUCCUACAGGUGGGAAGAGGCAGGGUAAGGAUAAUGGGAGGAGGGAAGGAACCAGGACAGCAAGGAGAUGCCACCUAAGACCAAAGAAAAACGGAUGAAAGCUGGGGCACAGAAGAAGAAAAAGAAUUCAGGUGCUGAUGUGGAGGCCGAAUCCAUGCACAGGCUGGCAGUGCUAGAAAAGGAGUUGCUCCGAGACCAGUUGGCUCUGCGGAGGGAUGAGGCCCGCCGAGCCAAGGCUUCUGAAGACCAGCUGAAGCAGAGGUUGCAAGGGCUGAAGGCUGAACUGGAGGAGGCCCGAAGUGAAGGGAAGGCCCUAUAUGCAGAGAUGAGCCGUCAGUGCCGGGCCCUGCAGGAGGAGAUGGAGACCUGCAGCAGGCAGCUGGAGGAGGAAGUGAGGGGCCUUCGGGAGCAGCUAGAGAUGUGCCAGAAGGAGGCUGAGGCUGCACGGGGAGAGGCUGAGCAGGCCCUUGGAGAGCGGGACCAGAGUCUGGCUCAGCUGCGGGCCCACGAGGCAGACAUGGAGGCCAAAUAUGAGGAAAUCUUACAUGGCAGUCUGGACCAGCUCUUGGCCAAGCUGAGAGCCGUCAAGCCUCAGUGGGACAGGGAUGUGCUGAGACUCCACGCCAGGCACAAGGAGCAGCUCUGCCAGUUUGGACUCAACCCCCUGGAUCUUUGAGGCUGCAAGCCUCUACCUCUGGGGCUCUCUGAGGCCAGCAAUAAAGCUGUCUUGAUGUAGAACUCAA